CUGAAGUUGAUCAUUUGGUGUAUUAACGUAUGUUCGUUAUGACUAAACCGACUCAAAAAACAGUGACAUCAUCAGUUCGUGUUGAAAACAAAAACACGUGUCUGCCUACACGCAGUUGAGGGAAGCGAUGGAUUUCCCUGCUACUGAAUGAAGACAAACAACGUACCACAUAACAAAGAAUGCUUAGCGAAUUAGACACUGAUCGGUCAGCGACGCUUGAGAGAAGCCCGACCUGUGAUAACUUAUCACAAUCCAAUCAACCACUCUCUAUGUCUAGUUUGACUUUACCCCAGCCCAAACAAAGAGAGGCGCAAAUGAGGGAGAUCGACGAACUGGAAAAAUCGGAGCAUUUCAACAAAGCCGACAUUAUUCACAUGCUUCGUGAGAAAGAAACGGAAAUCGAUACACUGCUGGAAGAAAUGGCAAUUGACCAAUCCCAACGUAUGGAGACACAAGAUGCUCUCUCUGAGGCGCAAACAAUCAUCGAAGAACUUCAUGACCAGCUGAAUGUAGUUCGAUUGCGAGCCGCACAGUGCGAGACAGAUAUUGAAAACCUCAAACUGAAGUCGCUGUUUCUCAGUAAACAAGGCAAUGACGAUAAGGCAGCCGAGCAACACUUGUACGACCUUUGUGAGCAACUCGAUGCCGAGGUGAAGGAUUUGAGAAAACAACUUGGGCAAUCCGGCCGGGUACAAAUCAGCCUGGAAAACCAAAACGAAUAUCUCAAGCGACAGUUGCAAAACCACGGUCUCUCACGCUCCGCGUCCCCUAGUCCAUCUGCGGAAGAAUCCGGUUUUGUAGAUAGUCAACUAUCCGUACCUCAACGCAUGCUUCCAUUAUCACAAAGACAACUCCAUCAGCACUAUGAAGAGCUGCAAAGACGGAUGGUGGAAUUGGAGGAAAAGCAUCGCGAAGAAAUCAACACGUAUGAACAAGAAUUGGACCGUCUAAAUGCUGAAAUGGAUUCUUGGAAAAGCAAAGAACAGGAAUGGCACGAUAUCCAUCAAACUUUGUUGGAACAACAAGAGGACCUUAAUGAAGAGCUGAAGGCAAAAAACAAAAAAAUCGACAGAAUGUCACGUAGGAAAAACAAAACGCCCACAGGAGCCUCCUCAGACGUGAGCUGUCCACAGGACGACCAGGAUGCGAAUCACGAGGAACUGAUCCACAGGAUCACGGAGGAACGUGAUCGAUGGAAAGCCUACGCGUGUGCCUUGGUUCGAACUAUUGUAGAAAACUGCGACGAAUUUAUUGAUAAGACCUCAUACGAUGAACCUGACUUGUCUACCACGGCGGAGCGUCGAUGGUACAAUUACGCAAUAUACUUGCUCGAGAUCCUCCUGGAAGUGGCCCCGCAAAGACUGACCGAAAUGGAUGUGCAGCUCCUCAGGCGGCGCAGAUCAGCCAGUUGCCCACCAGUCUCUUCUAACUCGAUAUUCGAUCAUGGAUUUGAAGGACCAGAUAUCCUUUCGGCAGUCAACAUCAGAACCAUCGCUACAACUAACCGACUGACAUUAAGUGAACGCGUGGCUCGAAUGGCCAGAAAACCAAUAUUUCGAGCCAAGGUACGACAUUAACUUCGAAAAGAAAAAGAACUCCACCCAAGACGGUGUUUUUACCAUCAACUUGUAAAUAACAGUGUGUGCGCCAAUCCAGUAUAUAACCAAUUCAAAAACUGACUUUUGUCCAUUUUUGGGGAUUACACUGCAAAUAUAAAAAAUGCCC